AUGGCUCCCACAACCGAAAACGCCAUCCUCCAACUCAAGCCCGACGUGGACAUCACCACCGGCGACGCCGCCGCCACCUGGCGCGCCACGCUGGCCACCAUCUCCGCGCAACCGGGCCUGCAGCGCAUCGCCUGGGGCCAAUCGCUCGAGAACCCCCACAUCGUGCAAAUGUUGAUCGACUGGGACGACCCGAGCUCCCACCGCGCCUUCCAGCAAACCCCCGCCUACACCACCUUCCUCGCCAACAUCAGCGCCCUCCUCGCCUCGGCCCCGCGCCUCACCCACCACGCCUUUUCCCCAACCACCAGCGACUCUUCCCCUUCCUCCCCUUCCCCCCUCCCGGCCAUCACGACCGCCUCCCCCAUCACCGAGGUCAUCUCCGCCUACGCGCCGCUCUCGCAGCCGCCGGACGCCCUCGCCGCCGCGUGGGCCGAGUUCGCGAAAGUGGCGGCGGCGCACGCCGCGGGCUUGCGGGGCAGCGCGGGGGCGUGGGCGGACGAUGAGGACGAGUUCGAGCACGCGAGCCUGCGGGAGGCGGGCGGCAAGGGGAGGCUGUUCGUGGCCGUGGUCGGGUGGGACGGCGUGGAGGCGCACAUGGCGUAUCGGGAGACGGCCGCGUUUAGGGAGAGCAUCGGAAAGGUGCGGGCGGCGGUGAGCGGGAUCGAGAUGCAUCAUGUUGAUUUUAGGGAGGCUUGA